AAAGUGGCUGGUGUACAUAUUCCAGAAAAUUGUUCAUUAUUUGAUCUUGGAAAUUUGAUCAAAAAUAAAAUAAACACUAAUUGGGAGAAUGUUGAGAUCUCAUACCAAGUAGCUAAAAGUGAGCCACCCAAUAAAGAUGUUGGUGCUUUUUUACAUAGACUUGAAGAAGAGUUGCAAUUCUAUACUUGAGUUACCAUUGUGCAUAGAAGAAUGUUAUUAUACUUCAUUCCAAAAUACGGUUACUAAUCAUGAAUUGAUCCAAACACAUUACCAACAUUCAGAAAAAAAUCAAGCUGCAAUACACAACAUGGGGAUUGGUUCCUUGGUACUACAAGCAAGAACAAUAAUUGAAAGUGAGAUAUUUGAAGAUGGUACCUCAAGUAACCAUAAUUCCAGAAGACUUGCUGAUUAUACUAAUGAAGUUGCUGACUUCAUCAUUGAAGAAACUACAAGAAACAAAAGAAAAAGGGAAGAAGAUAAGACAAUCAUUGAAACUCACAAGUUGCAAACAUUAGUAGAAGGACAACUUUUCAAAGAUAAAAAAAUGUUCAAAUCUGGACUUUGCUACUAUGCCAUGAUCAACAACUUUCAAUUUAGAACAAAGAGAUCAGAACCAAGAGAGUAUGUUGUCACUUGUGUGGAUGAGAACUGUAAAUGGUAUGUUAGAGCUUCUACAUUCAAACAUACUGAUUAUUUCAAAGUUAGGAAGUAUGUGAAAGAGCACACAUGCUCAUUGGAAGUCAUCAUGGAGGAUCAUAGACAAGCAAAUUGCAAUGUCAUUGGAGAGCUCAUCAAGACAAAAUUUACGACAAUCAAGAGAGUGCACACACCAAAUGAUAUCAUGAAAGAUAUGCUUGAUGAUUAUGGAGUAUCUAUGAGUUACUCAAAAGCUUGGAGAUCAAGAGAAAAAGCUAUAGAAUUGGUAAGAGGAAAGACAGAUGAAUCAUACCAACAGUUACCAAUGUAUCUUCAUAUGUUAAAAGUAGCAAAUCCUGGAACCAUUACUAGCUUGACCACAGAUGACAAAGAUCGAUUCAAAUACUUGUAUCUAGCAUAUGCACAUUCCAUCAAAGGAUGGCAACAUUGUAGACCAAUUAUUGUCGUUGAUGGAACCUUCAUGAAAUCUUCAUAUCGAGGCACAUUGUUCACAGCAUCUACAAUGGAUGCAAGUAACAAUAUUUUUCCAUUAGCAUUUGGUGUUGGCGAUUCAGAGAAUGAUGAAGCUUGGGAAUAUUUCUUCACAAAGCUCAAAGAAACAUAUGGAGAACGUAAAGAUCUAGUAAUCAUAUCUGAUAGACAUCAAAGCAUCGAAAAUGCUGUUCAAACAGUAUACCCUAAUGUCUUCCAUGGAGCAUGCAUUUUUCAUCUACUUAACAACAUUAAGGCCAAUCUUCAUAUCCAUGGAGAUGAUUUGACUAUAAACUUUGUUAAAGCAGCAAAAGCAUAUACAUUGGUUGGGUUUGAGUACUAUAUGGCUGCUCUUGACAAAAUAGAUGCCCGUAUAAGGCCUUACUUAGAAAAAGUAGGUUACCAUACAUGGGCGAGAUCUCACUCACCAAAAAGGAGAUAUACCAUGAUGACAUCAAAUAUAGCGGAGUCUAUUAAUGCAGCAAAUAAAGCGGCAAGGAAUUUGCCAAUAACCUUAAUGUUGGAAUGCAUAAGAAGCGUUGUACAAAAAUGGGUUUGGACUAAUGGAAAUGAGGCGAAUGGAACCUUUACAGCGAUAUCAUCGGAAAGUUUGGCAUUUGUAUUGAGAGAGAACUAUCUAAAAUCUACUAAAUUUGAGGUGAGACAAUGCAACACUAUUUUUUCAGAAGUGAUUGAAGAAAGAGGAACUUAUAUAGUCAAUAUUCAAGAGAAAACAUGCACAUGUAGAAGGUUUCAAGAAGAUGAAGUACCAUGUUCACAUGCACUUCCGUCAUUGCAAAAAAGGCUAAAUUGCUAUGAGUUUUGUUCUGCUUACUACAAAACUGAAACAAUGAAAGCAACUUAUGCAGAAACAGUUUAUCCUUUGCCACAUGAGGAUGAAUGGAGUCUACCAGAAGAAUUGGACAUACUUGUCCUACCUCCAAAAGGAAAAAUUCCUCCCGGUAGACCAAGGAGGAGAAGGAUAAGAGCACGGGGAGAGCCAAGAGUGGUUAUGAAGUGUGGACGAUGUGGCAAAUCAGGUCAUAAUAGAAAAACGUGCAGAAACCCACCUAUGGAGAAGCCACACAAGCCAAGAGAAUGA